AUGGCACCGGCGCCUGAAAGUGCGCCGGAGAGUGUGGCCGUGAAGUUCGACAUCAAGGCCAAGAUGGAGAACGCGCAGAAUGGCCAGAAUGCGAUCGAAGCGAAAAAGGAAGAGCCUCGUGAGAGCAAGAUCCAGAACCAAUCGACAGGGACCCUGCCAGAGAAGCCGGUUAGACUAUAUGUUAAUCGCGAGGACCAUCACCUUGGUCACUUGGAGGUGUACAGCUAUGACCACGUUGGCUUGCUCUUCAAGAUAUGCGAGCUGCUGACCAGCCAUGGUGUGGACAUUUGCAGUGCUUCAAUCAAUACCGAGAACGGAGUAGUGUACAAUCAAUUUGAAGUUCGGAUCGCACGCCCUUCCGACACCGCAGCCUGUGUGGAGUGGUGCAGAGAACUUGAGGAGCUGUUGGAGAAGACCAGAGGUUCAGCCUUUGACAAUUCCUUGGCCAACGUCUCGAAAAGGCUGUCAGUCAAUCCUGACCUAGUCAGUGUUGUUUCAUUUGUGGAACGUCCUCCUCAAAGGGAGGAGCUGUGCUACAAGCUGGUGCUGGAAGGCAUCAAUCAGGCAGGUUUGCUGACCUACACAGCUCUGGUUCUGUACCGCUGUGGUUUCAGCAUUGCGACAGCAACUAUUUCCACAACAGAGGGCCACAUCGUCGACACAUUCGAGCUAACUACUACGUCUGCAGAGUCUGAAAGUCUGCUUCGUUCCUACCUGGACGUUCCUAUGCCAACGUCUGCAGGCCAAGAGAAGACCAAGGAGGUAAUGCCCCUUCCAUUUCAUGCGGUUGAGUCGGACGCUGACCUGCAGGUUGGGGUCUCUCCGAGAUCGUUGGUGCGUCGUGCUGAAGCCGCCCAAUUUUUCAGGGGCUGCCGCACCACCGAUGCCAUCGCUGGAGGUUGCAAGAAGAACACCACGACACAGGGGCAGAAAUUGCGCAAACAGUUCAUGUGCUGCUUUCCAUUUUGGGAGGUGGCCACUGACGAUGCGAUGCGAAAAAAUCUGGACGAGACCUUGCGUCGCGGAUUGGUGAAAAGCCGCUAUCGGCUGCUGGUCGACGCCUCAUCUCAUGGCCUGGGCGUCGGGGAGGCGAAACAACAGCUCCAAGGUACCGAGUCAAAAUUGCCCGAGCUUUCUUUGUAUAGCGGUCCAACUGCCUGCCCUUCUUUUCCUGAAAUCAUCACAGAAAUGUACCUGGUGACAGAAAGGCCCUCAACCAAAGCGGCGCGGGAGCUACGGCGGAGUCUGGCAGUCGCUGGGACUCCCGUCAUGUUUGAUCUAGCGUACCAUCCGGACUUCAGAAAGAGAAAGGGUAGAAGCAACGGGGCCGAUGGGGAGAACAACUUCUCAUCAGCCCUCGCAGGCACCUUGACAAUGCAGUUGUUCGAGCUGGAGAUGCCAGAUCCGUUUCGGCAGGAGAUGAUCAAAAUCACCGCACCGAUGCCGAAGGUGUUUGCAGCGUGUCACCUGAGCGCAUUUGUGGCCCAAACUCAAAAUGAGGAUUGCCAUGAACUGCACAAUGAAUUGACGGUGCUGACAUGUGCUGAAUGUGUUGUGAUUUACUUCAGUCCUGAAGGUGCCAACGUGAAUGAACAAUCACUGAGCCGGGUCAACUCCUUGGGAGAGCUUCUUGACCAAGUUCAGGCAUUUGAGGGGAAAAUGCAGACGUUGUUGGUCCCGCUUUCAAUGCUUUGCUGGCUAUUGUUAGGCAAAGAUAGGUGUUCAGAUGCGAAUCGUAUGAGCCGCGCCGGAUCGUUCUGUGACUCCGAGCCUGAACAGCCUAGUGGUGGAGCCGCACAGGAGGCUGCGUUUGGGCCUCACAUCCUUCAUACCUCAUGCAGCGCUGGCGUUUGCAGAGCUCCUGCUCUGAGAGAGUCCCCGGAGAAAGCUCCCUCAUGUCAACCGCAGAAUUUGCAAGCUUUAGAGUACUUUAGAGUAGAAGAAUGGAUGGAUUUCAGCCACUGA